GAACCGGGUCUAUUGCGUAAGGGCGCUGCCAGAUCUAGAAACACGGAACAUAACAGACCAACUACUUUUUUGUGCCUUGGCAUUUUGAUAUUUGUAAAUAAGGAAGGCACUUUUUCUCGGAAAUGUAAUUCUUUCUGGACAAAAAACAACUUUAUUUAUCAAAUUACGCUUGAUGAAAUUCAAUUUCGAGUACAAUGCUUUGAGCUGCUAGAUAAAUGCCAAGAACGGUCGCUUUCUUGCCGCACUUUGUCACCUUCUCCAUUGGCUUACUAAAGCUUGGCAUGACAGGCAGAGUUUUCCGUUCCACGGAAAAAUCGAGCCAUGUUACUGUUGAUCCCUGCUAAAUUACCGAUAGUGCAGAGUUUGUCGUUUAAAUUUGUGUGGAAUUGUAUACACAGAAGGCUUAUAUCUUGAUCUUCACCACUUGUAGCCAAACAUAUCGACAAUGCCGAAGGGGAUUAGGAAAAAGGCUGGUGGAAAAUCAGGGCGGGGGCGUAUGGGGGAACUGGAGGAGGAGCACAGCGACACCAUCAGCGUGACCAGCUCGACGGAUGAGCGCAGCGUCUGUGAUGGAAGCAUCUGUGGUGACCAGGAGGUGGACGACUCGUCUCAGGCCGAGCUUUUCGAGGAGAAGGUGGGCCUGGCGCUGGACGGCGCACUUGACAAGUCGGUCACCACCCGCACCAACAGUCUGCUCGCGCUCUGCACCGCCUUCAGCAAGAAAUACGUACCGGACAUAGUCGAAUCGCGGCGGAUGACACUUUGCGACGCCGUAGAGAAGUGCCUGAAGAAGGGCAAGUCUGCCGAGGUAGCGGCCGCCGCCGACUUGGCUGUGCUGGUCAGCCUGCAGCUGCGCGACCCGGCCAGCGUCGAGCUGGUGUACGCCGAGCUGCGCCAUACGCUGGCCACGCUGGCCGCCGACAACACGGCGCCAGCCGCCGCGCGUGCCAAGUGCUGCCUGGCGCUGGCCGUCAUCUGCUACCUGGGCGGCACGGAGCCUUCCGAGCUGCACGCCAACAUGGCGCUGCUGGAGACGGUGUUCGGCGCGGCGCGGCCGCGGGACGGCGCGGCGCUGGCCACCCCGGCCGAGCCGCUGCCGCUGCACACGGCCGCCCUGCAGGCCUGGACGCUGCUCGUGGCCGACGUGUCGCACAACGCGCUGCUCAAGGUCGCAGACAG